AUGGACAGCGGCGGGAGGAAAGUGGUCGUCUGUGACAAUGGGACGGGGGAUCUGAUGGUUGGUGAAGAGGCGAGCGAAUGCCGCUCCAUGCUGGAGGUCUCGUACCCCAUGGAGAACGGGAUAGUCCGCUGCUGGGAGGACAUGCUGCACCUGUGGGAUCACACGUUCGGCCCGCAGCGGCUCAACAUCAACCCUCCCGACUGUAAGGUCCUGCUGACGGAGCCGCCCCUGAACCCGCUGAAGAACCGGCAGAAGAUCGCCGAGGUCAUGUUUGAGACCUACAAGUUCCACGGCAUCUACAUCGCCAUUCAGGCCGUGCUGACUCUCUACGCUCAGGGUAAAACAGACCGAAUAUGUGUGGUGGUCGACUCAGGAGACGGUGUGACUCACAUCUGUCCCGUUUACGAGGGCUUCUCUCUGCCUCACCUCACGCGCCGCUUAGACAUCGCAGGACGAGACAUCACGCGCUAUCUGGUUAAGCUUCUGCUCCUGCGAGGCUACGCCUUCAACCACACGGCGGACUUCGAGACGUUACCAGACGGGCGGACGAUAAUGGUCGGAGGCGAGAGGUUUGGCGCGCCAGAGGCUCUUUUCCAGCCUCAUCUCAUUAACGUGGAGGGUGUUGGUGUGGCCGAACUGCUCUUCAACACCAUCCAGGCAGCAGACAUUGACAUCAGGUCGGAUUUCUACAAGCACAUCAUCCUGUCUGGAGGAAGCACCAUGUAUCCGGGACUUCCUUCCCUUUUGGAGCUUGAGAUCAAGCAGCUGUAUCUGGAGAGAGUGCUGAAGGGAGACACUGAGAAACUCUCUAAAUUUAAGAUCCGCAUCGAAGACCCUCCGCGGUGCAUCUGA